UUCAUUAAUAGAGUUCAUACUGCAGUUAUCCAUAAAACUAGAUGUAUAUUGUAGAUUUGAAAGUUUUACUAUUUUUGGGUAAUACUAAAGUCAAUAAGCAUUUUCGUGCUUGUAACAGUUUGAUGAAAAAUAUGAAACAAUAGAUAUUCAUAUACAAAUUAAUUUUCCUACGCCUUUUUUAAUUUAAUCACUAUGUUUCUAUUCCAGGUAACAUAAAAGAAUUUAAUAUAUAAUUAUACAUUUUGAUAUUAACCCUUUGCCUUACGAUUUAAUUUCCAACUGUGCGGGCCAAAAACGACACCAAGGUCGGUCGCGCGCAGGGACAUACACAGUUUGGCUUAGCGUUCGAAUCUGUACAAAUCGCAAACUUCCUAUGAUUUAUAUAUACACGUGCGCGGUACAAUUAACUUUGCAAGAUGUUUGAUAAAUAAUUACGAUUAGUUGAUUAUUAAACAAAAAAAAGAUUUAUUGUUGCAAGUUUCUGAAAUGUCUUGUUUAUGUUUUGCCCGGUAGACUUACGACGCCUCUGAGGCGCCAUUGUAAGCUAAGGGGUUAAGUAUCAUAAGUAUCAUAAGUACCAAAAGAAAAGAAUAACAACAAAUUUAAUAACAUUAAUCUUUAUUCUUUUACUAAUUAACACCCUAUUUGAACUGUUGCUGACAACUCCAGGAUCAAAUUAUGUAUCAAAAGUCUAAGGAAAGAACAACGUUGAAGUUAUUAUUUUGGGAAAUUAAAUGAUAAAAAGAGUUAACAGCGAAACUUCAAGGAACAUGGGAUAAUGAUUUCGUGAUAGCUAUUUCGAAUAUCAAAUUAAAGAAGAGACUCUCAGAAGCGAUGGUAGAGACACUUCUUGUUGUAAAAUAUGGAAAACUGAAAACGAAAAUAGUAUUGAUGCUUGACAAACAAUCUAAACGAGUAAUUUUUGAGAACAUUGAUGAAGAUGGUCAUCGUACUGCUGAGCAGAUUAACAUGGAUACUUUAACUAUCCAUUCACCAACAAAGAAUAUAAUCUUCUUAGUGCAUCAAAGUUUAGCAGAUGCACGAAUCGAUGUCUACGUCGAUUGCAUUUAUGAAGGUGCUAUACCGUUGAAGGUUCGCUUUAAGGAAUUAGCUGAAAAUAAGGAAGACCUAUUUAUAGAAGCGUUUAAGGAAAGGAGAAGUCAAGUCAAUGUGUAUUCAUUGUCGUCCAUCAUCGACGCGCUCAAACAUGAAGAUUGCCCUAGCAAUUUGGCUGAUAUGAAUAUUCUAUCUGAUCUCUCGAAAGUUAAAAGAUUUCACAAAUCGAAUUCAAAAUCCAAACAUAAACAAUCAAACGAUUUCGAUGGAUAUUUCUCCAAAUUAGAACAGUCUUUUCCUAAUCAUCAUCUUCAAAUGAAAGGACAUACUCAUCGAUUAAAUAUAGUAUCAGAUACAUUCGGAGAUGACAGCCAAUUUGAUUUUGAUAGACUAAAGAAAUCAGAGAGUUUCAAACAACCUUAUGGAUUGAAUCAUAAUCGUCGUUCAAGUCAACGGAGUCAAUUGGAUCAAUAUAAUCAACGUUCUAUUGAAGAUGAUUUUGAACGUUUUCAUCAAUCUGAACUAUUUGAUGUAGCGUUUCGUAAUAAAUCCAGAGAAUACAAUCAUUCGGAUGAAUCAGACUUAGUGAACCAAUCUAACAUGAACUAUAAAAGGUAUCCAAGAAGAGGAGAUAUUGGGAUACAAACUUUGGAUGAAAGAACCUGUUUAACGGAUAAUCAAAUAGUCAAAACGCUGAACGAACUCAUCGAAGCUACUAAGAAGGUCUGGAGAGAAAUAGAAUUGAAUGUAAGUGAACAUUCCAACAGUAAAAUUUAAUGCUAUUUGCUAGACGGUCAUCAGAUUCUAUUUAAAUGAUUUAAAUGACAAAAUCUUAUCGGAGAUAGAUACAUUGUACACGAGAAAAUGCAUAAGAAAUGUAACAUUUGUUUACGGCUUCGCUUUUGAGAAAAUUAAGUUUAAAAAUUUUUUACUAUGUACAAAUAAUGUUUCCUCGAUGACAUUGUAAUUUCAAUAAUUGAUAGACAAAUAUGUUAAAUGUGUUAUAUGUUAAAUAAUGCUAAAUGUGUUAUCAAUCAGUAUUCUGCAUGAUACUAACUUUCGUGGGACAAACGGAUACCUGUCGAGUCCUAUGUUUUAUAGGGACACCUAUAGACCUUUAAGUUCUUCUUUUAA